AAAGGUCGGAUACUUCCUGUGUUGCUGCUGCUGCGGCUGCUGCGGCUGCAGGGAGCUUGAGGGAUGCCAGCGAGGGGAAUGGAGUUUCACUGAAGGACCGAAGUAACUAACGGGGCUACAGGCGAAACAGUGCGCGGAGAGACGGGGGAAGGGUACCCCGGGAGCACAGUCCAGGGGCGACGGAGAGGGGAGAGUGGAGCGUCGGGGGGGGGGAGAGACUGGAGAGCCGGCAGCCGAGACUUUCCUUUUCUUAAAAUUGGGGUUUUGCGCUGGAGAUGAAGCUGUUGAAACCAACUUGGGUCAGUCACAAUGGAAAACCAAUAUUUUCUAUUGACAUUCAUCCCGAAGGAACAAAGUUUGCGACAGGUGGACAAGGAGAGGAUUCUGGGAAGGUUGUCAUCUGGAACAUGGCGCCCGUCCUCCGAGAAGAGGACGAGAAAAACGAGACCGUUCCCAAGAUGCUUUGCCAAAUGGACAACCACUUAGCCUGCGUGAACUGCGUUCGCUGGUCCAACAACGGCCUGUACCUGGCGUCCGGGGGCGACGACAAGCUGGUCAUGGUGUGGAAGAGAGCGGCGUACAUCGGUCCCAGCACCGUCUUCGGCUCCAGCAGCAAACUGGCCAACGUGGAGCAGUGGAGGUGUGUCACCAUCCUGAGGAGCCACACGGGAGACGUGAUGGAUGUGGCGUGGUCACCGCACGACGUCUGGCUGGCCUCCUGCAGCGUGGACAACACCGUCGUCAUCUGGAACGCCCGCAAGUUUCCAGAGAUCAUCACGACCCUGCAAGGCCACACGGGGCUGGUGAAGGGGCUGACCUGGGACCCGGUGGGGAAGUACAUCGCCUCCCAGGCCGACGACCGCAGCCUCAAGGUGUGGAGGACCAUGGACUGGCAGCUGGAGACCAGCAUCACCAAGCCCUUCAACGAGUGCGGGGGCACGACUCACGUGCUGCGGCUCAGCUGGUCUCCGGACGGGCAGUACCUGGUCUCCGCCCACGCCAUGAACAACUCGGGCCCCACGGCGCAGAUCAUCGAGCGGGACGGCUGGAAGACCAACAUGGACUUCGUGGGGCACCGGAAGGCCGUGACGGUGGUGAAAUUCAAUCCGAAGAUCUUUAAGAAGAAGCAGAAGAACGGCAGCUCCCCGAAGCCCAGCUGCCCGUACUGCUGCUGCGCUGUUGGGAGCAAGGACAGAUCUGUCUCGGUCUGGUUGACUUGCCUCAAGCGCCCCCUGGUGGUCAUCCACGAUUUGUUUGACAAGUCCAUUAUGGAUAUCACAUGGACGUUAAAUGGGCUCGGGAUCCUGGUGUGCUCGAUGGACGGCUCAGUAGCCUUUUUGGACUUCUCUCAGGAUGAACUUGGGGACCCUCUCAAUGAGGAUGAAAAGAACUCCAUUCACCAGAACAUCUAUGGGAAGAGCCUGGCCAUCACCACCGAGGCGCAGCUGUCCACCACCAUCAUCGAGAACCCCGAGAUGCUGAAGUACCAGCAGGAGAAGCAGGUGGCGGAGCACCGCGAUGCGGCCAGCCGCGAGGCCGCUGCGCCCAAGCUAACCAGCGUGGUGAACGGCGAGUCCCUGGAGGACAUCAGGAAAAACCUGUUGAAGAAGCAGGUGGAGACCAGGACUGCGGAUGGCCGACGCAGGAUCACUCCUCUGUGCAUUGCUCAGUUGGACACGGGGGAUUUCUCGCCAGCCCUCUUUAACAGUGUCCCGAUCCUGCCCGGGUCGUCCAUGUCUUCCCAGCUGACUCCUCAGCUGACCUCCUCCGACUCCAACACCGCCAACUCGCUCGGCCUCAAGCCCUCUCAGGACACGCCCCCCGCGCCCCCCAGCAAGCCCCCAGACGAACCCCAGCACAAAGAUGGCGUCGGUGUCUCCUCCUCAGUUCCCGCCACUGUCGCCAACUCUACUGUCAUGAAAACGAACCUGCUGCUGACCACUGCGGCCAAGAUCGAGCCAAUGAAAGCACUCGACUCCCGGUUCACCGAGAGGUCGAAGGCCACGCCUGGGGUCGCCGUAUCCUCUCCUGCAGUCAGUGUCGCCCCCUUAGAACGGGUGAAAGACGCGGGCGGCGCAAAGGAGUCCAGGGUGAAGGAGGAGACGAGCAGCGACAGCGAGGACAAGAUGGCAGCCAUCAAGUCCCUGUCCAAGAGGAAGGGCGAUGCGGAGGGCGCAGAGGUGGUGGAGAAGAGGAAGAAAGGGAGGCCGAGGAAAGACUCCGCCAAAAUUGUAACCCUUACGCCAACGACACUGCAGUUGACCCCCUCGGCUGAGAAGGAGCCCUCCAGGGUUGUAACCCCCAUGGCGGUGCUCAAGCUGCCCACCCCCACACCGCAGAAAGCUUUCACACUACAGAUCAGCUCGGAGCCCUCCGUGUACAUCGAGGUGGAGAACGAGGUGUCCGCCUUGGCCGGGGCCAAGCUGUGCCGGCUGAAGUGCCACCGGGAAGGCAGGGAGUGGGACGCCCUGCUCCCCAGCCGCAUCAUCACCGCGGCCGGCAGCUGUGACGUCAUCUGCGUGGCGUGCGAGGACCGGAUGCUCUCGGUCUUCUCGGCCUGCGGUCGGCGGCUGCUCCCCGCCAUCCUCCUGCAGGCGCCCAUGUCCGCGCUGCACUGCGCCGGCUUCUACGUCAUGGCUCUCACGGCCUGCGCCACGCUCUCCGUCUGGGAUGUCCAGAAGCAGUGUGUUCUGGUGAAAAACGAAUCUCUACAAAUUAUCUUAUCAGGGACGGACACGACGGUCUCCCAGUCUUUCCUGACUCAGCAGGGAGUCCCAGUCAUCAGCCUUUCCAAUGGGAAGUCCUACUGCUUCAACACCUCUCUGGAAACAUGGAACCUGAUUGCAGACAAGCAGGACUCCCUGGCCCACUGUGCGGACUAUCGGAACUGCCUCCCCUCACAGGAAGCCAUGAUGGCCAGCGGCCCCCUGGCCGUGACGCAGGGGCGGACUGUCAACGCGGGGCGGCAGGCGUCCAGGCUCUCCUCCACCCCCCACCACGUCCAGCAGGGCAUGACGCUGGCGUUCCUGGAGAACCAGCUGGCCUCGGCACUUAUUCUCAAAUCCAGCCAGGAGUACCGCCACUGGCUGCUCAUCUAUGCACGCUUCCUGGUCAACGAGGGCUCUGAGUAUCGGUUACGAGAGCUGUGUAAAGACUUGCUCGGACCCGUGCAUAAGUCAACUGGCAGCGUGUGGGAGGCAACUGUUCUGGUAAGAAUCUAAGCCUGGGAAUUUCUCCCUCGUAUUUGAAACGCCUUUGUCCGCGUCAAAGCUCUUCAUCCGUGGAGAUCCAGGACCCCUCCCGUGGAACUCCGCCCCCGACGUGUCUGGUUUUCCCACUGGGAUGUCAGACCCUCGCAGACGCCUCUUCAGCCUGGAGCACGAGUGUCUGCGUGAGGCCCUGCCAGAGACCGUGCCAGGAGCUGUU